UGCAAUGCAAGCCUGAGCUCUCCAGCUGCUGCCAUAAGGCUGCGGCAGUGUGGGCUCCUUGUGCCCAGAUCCUUCGUAUUCACAGGGAGAAGCGGAAGACCACGCUGCCUGACCGAGACUUUAUUAUAGAGGCUCAGGAAAAAGAUGAACUGGUCCCAUUCCUGCAUCUCCUUUUGCUGGAUUUACUUUGCUGCUUCCAGACUGAGAGCUGUGGAGACGGCAGAUGGAAAAUAUGCUCAGAAGUUGUUUAAUGACCUUUUUGAAGAUUAUUCCAAUGCUCUUCGUCCGGUGGAAGAUACAGAUACAGUCCUGAAUGUCACACUGCAGAUCACGCUCUCUCAGAUUAAGGAUAUGGAUGAAAGAAACCAAAUUCUGACCGCCUAUUUGUGGAUCCGCCAAAUCUGGCACGAUGCCUAUCUCACAUGGGACCGAGAUCAGUACGAUGGCCUAGACUCCAUCAGGAUCCCCAGUGACCUCGUGUGGAGGCCGGACAUCGUCUUAUAUAACAAGGCUGACGAUGAAUCUUCAGAGCCUGUAAAUACCAAUGUGGUCCUGCGGUAUGAUGGGCUGAUCACCUGGGAUGCACCGGCCAUCACCAAAAGCUCCUGUGUGGUGGAUGUCACCUACUUCCCUUUUGACAACCAGCAGUGCAACCUGACUUUUGGUUCCUGGACCUACAAUGGCAAUCAGGUAGACAUAUUCAACGCCCUGGACAGCGGAGAUCUCUCUGACUUCAUUGAAGAUGUGGAAUGGGAGGUCCAUGGCAUGCCUGCUGUCAAGAAUGUGAUCUCCUAUGGCUGCUGCUCUGAGCCUUACCCGGAUGUCACAUUCACCCUCCUUCUGAAGAGGAGGUCCUCAUUCUAUAUUGUCAACCUCCUCGUCCCAUGUGUCCUCAUAUCUUUUCUGGCUCCUCUGAGUUUUUAUCUCCCAGCAGCAUCUGGAGAAAAGGUCUCCCUGGGAGUGACCAUCCUGUUGGCCAUGACUGUAUUUCAACUAAUGGUAGCAGAAAUCAUGCCGGCCUCAGAAAAUGUCCCCCUGAUAGGUAAAUACUACAUUGCCACGAUGGCCCUAAUCACAGCCUCCACUGCCUUGACCAUCAUGGUGAUGAAUAUCCACUUCUGUGGGGCCGAGGCCCGGCCGGUGCCACACUGGGCCAGGGUGGUCAUCCUGAAAUACAUGUCCAGGGUCUUGUUUGUCUAUGAUGUGGGUGAAAGCUGCCUCAGCCCGCACUACAGUAGAGAGCGGGACCACCUCACGAAAGUUUACAGCCAACUCCCAGAGUCUAACCUGAAAACAGCCAGGAACAAAGACCUUUCCAGAAAGAAAGACAUGAACAAACGCUUAAAGAACGACCUGGGCUGCCAGGGUGAGAACCCUCAGGAGGCCGAGAGUUACUGUGCACAGUACAAAGUGCUGACGAGGAAUAUUGAGUACAUCGCCAAGUGCCUCAAAGACCACAAGGCCACCAAUUCCAAAGGGAGUGAAUGGAAGAAAGUGGCGAAAGUCAUAGACCGAUUCUUCAUGUGGAUUUUUUUCAUUAUGGUGCUUGUGAUGACUAUUUUGAUCAUAGCAAGAGCGGAUUAGUCACAGAUAUUGGCUUUGCUAUCUCGGUAGAAAUUAAUACAAUUCCCUGUGAUCUAUUCCAGUGUUCUUCCAAGAUUUUUGUUCGUCUAUAAUUUAGGGGUUAUGUUGUCUGUACGUUUUAUUUUUAAUCUCAAAUCAAUGUCGAAGCUAUCUGCCCUGUCAAAUUAAGCAGGAGAUCCAAAAUUUCAAGGGUAGGAAGAUGGAAGAAAUAGGGAAAGAGACCUUUUAUAGCCCACCAUAGCGGUGGGUGACUGGCCUCUAGUUUAUACAAUUAUUCACCUCUUUGGCAGUACAGAUAACAAAAUACACUUUACUGGUAAAAUUUAAAACAAAAAGGCAAAACAAACCAAACACAUUUUCCUCUUAGUUCCCCUUAAACCAUGCUUUAAAAAAAUGAAAUAGUCAUAUAUAUGUUAGUGUGAUUUAAGUCUCAAUGGUACCUUAUUCAGGCAUAGUGCAUUUGAAAUCAUAUCUCAAAUAGUGGAAUAAAAGCUUUUGUCCCAUGUGAAGAAAGUCUAAGCAUCAGUUGUUUAACGGGAAAAGAGCUUGCUUCAUAAUGGUGAGGUUGUAUAUGUUGGUUAUGUUUUAUAUAAACCCAAAAGAUGAAGUCAUUCCUGUAUUUACCCCUUGAUUAAAAUAUGAUAGAUGAAGUUCUUCCUGUCUUGUAUCAAAAUAAGGUGAUUAGCAA